CCUUGAAAAGAGACUCUCUUCGACUCGCCUUUCUGGUGGGCUAUACUCUCUCUCUCCCUCUCUCUCUCUCCUGUUCGUGGUGAUUGCGUCUCCGAUUCUCCUCCACACUCGGGCGUAUCUAUGAGUUCCUUACGGCCCCCGUGAUGGAAAUGCCCACAUUGGUAUCCGACGUUUUGAUUUUUCUUUGAUCCCCACGGCUUCAUCUGGGGGCUCGUAUAAGCUUUCUCUGGUCGCGCUCCACUGAAUUCCUCGUUUCAGAAGAUGUCCAGGAGGGAAAUUCUUAAAUGGGCAUUAUGGGUUUUGCUUCUUUCUCGCAUCGGUGCGGCUCGAUCGCUGUGCACCGGCGGUUGCACCCUCGCUUACGGUGCUUAUCGGGUGAAGGAGAACGACACUGUCGACAACAUCGUGAAAUUCUUCCGACCUGUUACCACUGCCGAUGUCCAGCAGUAUAGUGGAUUGCCUAAUGCUAAUUUUAUAGACACAGGAAGCUUACUGAAGAUCCCCUUCUCCUGCGACUGUAUAAAUGGCAACUUCUUGGGCCACAACUUUGUUUACGCCAUUCAGUCAGGGGAUACGUAUGAAAAGAUAUCGGAUCAUUAUUCUAAUCUGACCUCCAGUGCGUGGCUGCAGGCUACGAAUUCAUACCCAGAGACACGCAUUCCAGACACCGGGAGCCUUAAUGUGACGAUCAAUUGUAGCUGUGGCAACGCUGAAGUUUCACCCAAUUACGGGUUGUUCUUGACUUACCCUCUGACAGCGGGAGACAACGUAUCUGGCCUUAGUAGUCAGUACAACGUCACUGCUGAUUUGUUGCAGAAGUAUAAUCCGUCUGUCGAUUUUAAACUUGGUAGCGGGCUAGUGUUCAUUCCUGUGCAAGGUUUAGAUGGAAGCUAUCACCCCCUAUCUCCAAGUACAGGUCUUGCUGUGGGAGCAAUUGCUGGCAUAUCUGUUGCUGUAAUUAUUGUUGCACUCUUUUUGGCUGCUUUUCUUUGGAUUGCUUUUGCUAAAAGAAGGAAGCAGAAGGAUGGACAGUUGAUUCCCUCUGAUUCUGGCAUUGAGAUCUCCAAGCAAACAUUUGGAUCUUUAAACCGAUCAGAUGAAUUUGGUGUAUCAUUGGGGCCUUCAGGAAUUACUGUGGACAAGUCUGUAGAAUUUACUUAUGAAGAGCUUGCAGAGGCUACAAAUGACUUCUCCAUGGCUAAUAAAAUAGGACAAGGAGGAUUUGGAGCUGUUUACUAUGCUGAAUUAAGAGGAGAGCAAGCUGCAGUCAAGAGGAUGGAAAUGGAAUCAAGUUCAUCUACAGAAUCAUUUCUUGCUGAAUUGAAGGUUUUGACUCGUGUUCAUCAUGUCAACCUGGUGCGUCUGAUAGGAUAUUGUACUGAUCGUGCUCUAUUCCUAGUUUAUGAAUACAUUGAUAAUGGCAAUUUAAGUCAACAUUUACAUGGUACAGCAGGAAGGCCAUUAUCAUUUUCUGAGAGAGUCCAGAUUGCCCUUGACUCAGCUAGGGGGCUUGAAUAUAUCCAUGAACACACAGUCCCUGUCUACAUUCAUAGAGAUAUUAAGUCAGCCAACAUUUUGAUAGACAAGAGAUUUCAUGGAAAGGUUGCGGACUUUGGAUUAGCAAAACUUACAGAGGUCGGAGGUGCAUCAUUGAAUACACGUCUUGUUGGUACAUUUGGCUACAUGCCUCCUGAAUAUGCUCGUUUUGGAGAUGUUUCAACGAAAAUUGAUGUAUAUGCCUUUGGGGUUGUUCUCUAUGAACUUAUUUCUGCCAAGGAAGCUGUAUUAAGGACUGGUGCAUCUACAACUGAAACUAAGGGCCUUGUUGCUAUGUUUGAUAAUGCCUUUGCUGAGGCAAAUCCCAAGGAGAACCUUAAAAAACUAGUUGAUCCCAGGCUGGGUGACAGUUACCCCAUUGAUUCUGUUUACAAGAUGGCUGAGCUUGGUAAAUUGUGUACUCAAGAAAGUCCUCAGGACAGGCCACCCAUGAGAUCUGUAGUGGUUGCUCUGAUGGCACUCUCAUCGUCAUCUGAAGAUUGGGAUGUUGGAACCUUCUACGAAAAUAAAGCACUCAUCAAUCUAAUGGCUGGAAGAUAGAAAUUCAUAUAUGCAUGUUUUAAGAGGCGGUGUGUACGUUUCUGUGGUUAACAGUGCUUGGUUUAUCUAUUUUAGUGGAAGGAAGGAUGCCAAUCUGUAUUAUUUAUUUAAUAAAUAUUCAGGUCUAAGCCUCUUGGUGCAAAUUCCAACUGUUA